UAAAUCACAACUGUGAUGAGAGGACAAUUAGUAUCUAAACACCUCCUGAUCUUCGGCUUCAGCCGUUUCCAGCAUCGUGAUUGGUUUUAUGGGGAUAACAAGGAAGUGAACUGGUGCUUGUGGGGUGAUGUCGUGGAAUGCCAAGCACACAUCAUCCCUGUAAAUGAUUUUAGCAGGAAUGGAGCCAUCAAUGAUUUUGCUGAAUAUUUUGUCGAAAAAAACCAGAAAUUGCCCAACAACCAAAUGGGCUUUACCGAAGACGGCGGCCUAAAGUUUCACGGUUUCACAUACUAUCCAAGAUUUCCUGGGCAGCAAGAUCCCCCUUAUGAGCCAUCAAAGGUGCUGAUGGUUGAGCGGAUCCGAACUUUGAAGCACAGACCUUACUGGGAAAAGGAUGUUCUCACCAAACUUGGUUUACCGAUGGAAGUUAAGAGCUCACAAGCUGUUAUUGUUGCCAACACACCCUCCAUGUGUGCCCAACUCUGGAAGGUUAAGCAUUUGAUAAGAGUCACCCCAAUUACUUUUCCCCAGGGCCUACCUGAAGAUGGUGAUGCAGCAGGAGCCCGAUUGCAGGACAACGGAGAACUAGUGUUUAACCCCAAAUUAAAGAGUGAUGCAUUAGUAGCCGCCACUCAGUCCAAACCAGAAGAUAGACGCGAUUAUCUUGAUACGGACACAGUCAAGAAACAUUUACGCCUCAAGUGGCUGAUGCCAUAUUGAUUUCGAUAUGAACGUAAUACAAGCACGUUGAUAGUUCUA